AUGGGGUCGGAGCACGAAUACGCGGCGGCGUCGCCCAAGGGCGCGGCGGUGGACGAGUCCGUCUCAGACGACCGCAACUCGGCGACGCUCGAAGGCAAGAAGAAGGCGCCGUGGUGGGCGUACAUCUGGGACUACGAGCCCGGGCGGUCGCCCGAGGAGCGCAAGUUCAUUCAAAAGCUCGACGUCUUCCUCAUCACGAUGCUCAGCCUGGGCUACUUCAUCAAGAACCUCGACCAGACCAACAUCAGCAACGCCUUCGUCAGCGGCAUGAAGGAGGACCUCCAGAUGAACGGCAACGAGAUCAACCUCAUCGACACCGCCUGGACCGUCGGCUACGUCGUCGGCCAGAUCCCCUCGCAGAUCGUCCUCACCAAGGUCCGCCCGUCCAUCUGGGUGCCCUCGUGCGAGCUGCUCUGGACGCUCCUGACCUUCUGCCUCGCCGCGGCCAAGACGUCGAACCACGUCAUCGCCAUCCGCUUCUUCGUCGGCCUGGCCGAGUCCAUCUUCUACCCGGCCGCCCACACGAUCCUCGGCUCGUGGUACAAGCCCUCCGAGCUGGGGAAGCGAGCCUGCAUCUUCCACGCCUCCUCCGCCGCCGCCAGCAUGUUCAGCGGUUAUCUCCAGGCCGGCGUGUACGUUGGGUUGAACGGCGUGCAUGGGCUUCCGGGUUGGAAGUGGCUAUUUAUCAUGGACGGCGUCAUCAGCCUGCCUAUUUGCAUUGCCGGCUUCUUCUUCCUGCCGGACCUGCCUGAGAACACGAGGGCGUUCUACCUGAAUGAAGAUGACCGAAAAUUGGCCCGCAAGCGCAUGGCGAGCGUCGGCCGCGCUCCCCGGAAGAAGCUGGGGCGCUCUGCCUUCAAGCGCAUCUUCGGCCGGUGGCACGUCUACUUGUUGAGCAUUCUCUACAUCAUCUUCAUCAACAUCGGCCCGUCCAGCAGUGUGAACCCCUUUUCGCUCUGGCUCAAGUCAAAGGGCGAGUCUGUGCAGAAAAUUAACAUCAUUCCUACGGCGGCCUCCGCCAUCCAGCUGGUCCUCACCGUAGGCUUCGCCAUUCUCUCCGAUGCGAUCCGUCACAGAGCGAGCGUCAUGUCCAUUUCUACCUUCCUCGGCGGUUUUGCUGCCCUGAUCCUCGCCAUCUGGAACGUCCCCGACGGUCUGAAGUGGUUCGCGUUCCUGCUGCAGCGCGCCUCCGUGCCGUACGGACCGCUCAGCAUGAGCUGGACAAACGAGAUCUGCGGCGCCGACGCCGAGGAGCGCGCCAUCGUCAUCGGCAUCAUGAACUCGUUGGGGUACGCCUUUAACGCCUGGCUGCCGAUCCUGACGUACCCGCAAGUCGACGCUCCCGAGUUCAAGAAGGGUUUCAUCUUCUCCACCGUCGCCUUUGGCGCUCAGGCGAUCAUCACGGCGUCUGUGGCAUACCUUUACAAGCGCGACAAGAAGAGGGAGGGUAUCACGAAGAGGGAUGAAGAAGGGGUUACGGCGCCGGUGUCGGUUCCUAACGCGGAAUAA